AUCCAAGAUGUCCAGUUCCCUGGAGCAGGCACUGGCUGUGAUGGUUGCCACCUUCCACAAGUACUCCUGCCAAGAGGGCGACAAGUUCAAGCUGAGUAAGGGGGAGAUGAAGGAACUUCUGCACAAGGAGCUGCCCAGCUUCGUGGGGGAGAAGGUGGAUGAGGAGGGGCUGAAGAAGCUGAUGGGCAACCUCGACGAGAACAGUGACGAGCAGGUGGACUUCCAGGAGUACGCUGUGUUUCUGGCUCUUGUCACUAUCAUGUGCAAUGACUUCUUCCAGGGCUGCCCAGACCGACCCUGAAGCAGAGCCCUUGACUCCCUGCCGUGAUGGAGUUCUUGGGCCCGGGACUCUCAUUCCCUUUUGGUUUUGUACUCAAUAAAAUCUUUUGUUUGUUGAUAAU